CACCAUGGAAAAGAGCCCCAUAUGGAAACGACACGCGUCGGGAGGAACAUCGAUCUCGUUUCAAUUAUCGGGCCUCACUGAUACAAUUCAACAAUGUCGUGGACGUGAAUGCUCCGACUCUGAGAUUUAUAAACCCAAACACGUCGAACGCUAGCUUUCAUUUGGGCAUGCAUGCUUUCCGUCUCCUCUGCAAGUUUUUCAACCCAGCUUGGAUCACACCAAUUCUACGGGAUCUUCCGCUGAAUUUCUCUUCCGCAACGUUCAUCCUUUGCUUUCCCCCUAUUUCUUAAUUCAGGUUUUGCUUUCCAAUUAUGUUUUGCCCUUCUGAAACCCAAAUCUCAACGUCUGCUUUCAAUAUCAUUUCCUUGCAUUAUGUUGCUGCAUCACAGUCCUGAAAAAGAUUAUUAAAUGCAAAUGCGAAGUUUGAUUUAGAUUAAUUAAAGUGUAGUAUAUGGGGUUGGUUGAUCUGUGCCUGGGGCAUAUGCAGUGAAGUUGAAUAAUUUGUUUGAUUGAUUACAUAUGCCGAAACCUGCUUAUUCACGGAAAUCUAUUGUUACUUAACCUUUAAGAGGGUUGGAAUCAGAAUAAUUAUUCCUUAUUUUAGCAUUUGUCUUAAUUGCACGUGAUGAUUUCUUUCUUUCUUUUUCCGGUUAAAAACUUGAUGAAAGGUAUUAAUAAAGUAUAUAUUCUUCAAGAUUCUUGCCACAGUUAUAUUUUGGUGGGCGUUGCCAUUUGCAUGGGUUUUGCUGUUUGGCAAGAGCCAAUCAACUGUUGUUUCUUCCUCUCAAGUAAAUCUUUUUUAUUUUCAAUUUUUUAAUGCGUAGGAGUGUUUGGGAUUGCUGCCCAUUGAAUACAAUUAAGAAAGAUACAAUAGCACAAGGUUACUAAGCUGUGCAUUCCAGAAUGCACCUAGAGAUAUUGGGUUGGAUGUUACAAGUUUCUAAUUUUCUAUUGUCAAACUUAUCACACGUAUACACAGCUAUAGGGUCCCUGGAAAUGGAAUAAUUCAUGCUCAUAACAGGCUAAUCCGGUUUCGACUGUCCAACCAUUUUAGAUAUUAUAUUUCCUGAUGUCGUUGGCCACAAUUUUCUGAUUGAAAUUAUAUAAUUGGUCCAUCAGGAGAUAUUAAAUGGCGGACGCUGAGGAUAUUCAGCCACUCGUCUGUGAUAAUGGGACGGGAAUGGUUAAGGCUGGAUUCGCUGGAGAUGAUGCUCCAAGGGCCGUGUUCCCUAGCAUUGUUGGUCGUCCACGUCACACAGGUGUAAUGGUUGGCAUGGGCCAAAAAGAUGCAUAUGUUGGAGACGAAGCUCAGUCCAAGCGUGGUAUAUUAACUCUGAAAUAUCCCAUCGAGCAUGGUAUUGUGAGUAACUGGGAUGACAUGGAGAAGAUCUGGCACCACACCUUCUACAACGAACUCCGUGUUGCCCCAGAGGAGCACCCAGUUUUACUCACUGAAGCACCCCUCAACCCUAAGGCUAACCGUGAGAAAAUGACACAAAUCAUGUUCGAGACCUUCAACACCCCUGCCAUGUAUGUUGCCAUCCAGGCCGUUCUGUCCUUGUAUGCCAGUGGCCGUACAACUGGUAUUGUUCUGGACUCUGGAGAUGGUGUCAGCCACACUGUCCCGAUAUAUGAAGGGUAUGCCCUACCACAUGCCAUUCUGCGUCUUGACCUGGCAGGGCGUGACCUCACUGAUGCCUUAAUGAAGAUUCUCACCGAGCGUGGUUAUUCCUUCACCACCACAGCUGAGCGUGAAAUUGUGAGGGAUGUGAAGGAAAAGCUGGCUUAUAUUGCCCUCGACUAUGAACAAGAGCUUGAAACUGCAAAGACAAGCUCUGCUGUUGAGAAGAGCUAUGAGUUACCUGACGGACAAGUCAUCACCAUUGGGGCCGAGCGUUUCCGAUGUCCCGAAGUGCUCUUCCAACCAUCCAUGAUUGGAAUGGAAGCUGCGGGCAUUCAUGAGACCACAUACAAUUCAAUUAUGAAAUGCGAUGUUGAUAUCAGGAAAGACUUGUACGGAAACAUCGUCCUUAGUGGAGGAUCUACCAUGUUCCCGGGAAUUGCUGACAGAAUGAGCAAGGAAAUCACUGCUUUGGCCCCAAGCAGCAUGAAGAUCAAGGUGGUUGCUCCACCAGAGAGAAAGUACAGUGUCUGGAUUGGUGGCUCCAUCUUGGCUUCUCUCAGCACUUUCCAACAGAUGUGGAUUGCAAAGGCAGAGUACGAUGAGUCUGGACCUUCAAUCGUGCACAGGAAAUGCUUUUAAGUGGAGCUGGCCUACUACUAGCUUGGUGGAAAUAUGGCCUUCAUUUUUGGCAAUUGAUGCAAGUGCGCCUUUCAAGGAUUGGCAGUUUCUCUUCAAUUUUCUUCUUUUUACCGUGUUUAUUCAAGGGAAAGUGGAGUUUGUUUGAGGGCGGAGUAAAUUCUUUCCUUCUUGUUUUUUUUUCUCCUUUUUUUCACCAUUGCAAUUUAUUGAACAGUUGAAGUUGAUAUUCAAUACUGAGUCGAUGCCAGCCUUUCCCCCCGGGCGGGGGAUUCUUUU